AUGCUAACGCAUUUUAUAGAAGACGACCACCAAAACCUGACCGAUUCUAUAUACCGUGAUGACCGCGUGUGGUACGACCAGUACACGAGUACCGACUGGGUUCAAGACAGCAUAAGCGACGCCUUCCGCUUGAAAGAGUUGCGUAGCCGUAAAGGCUUCAGGGGCAGAGCAGAGGCUCUGUUUGAUUCCGCUCAAGGAUGGAUACUGGUUGCUGUCAUCGGAUGUGUUACCGCAGGUAUUGCAUAUAUUGUCGACGUCUCGGAAUCUGUUAUAUUCGACCUGAAAAGUGGCUAUUGUUCUCACACAUGGUACUACGGAAAGAGAAGUUGUUGUGGAGGCGCCAAUACUUGCGAUGCAUGGUCUCGUUGGUCAUUGCGUCUGACGCCUGGUCCUGAGGAGAACGGAUGGUUUGACUAUGCUGCUUUUGUCGUGUGGGUGAUAGCUCUAUCUCUAGCAGCUUGUCUAGUCACCCUGCAGACAAAGACUGCCAUCAGUUCACCCGUCACUCUGUCCACGCUGGAUGAGAACCUUGCCGCGCAUCCACCAGCUACUGCUGAGGCAAGGAAAGAUAGUGACGGCAGUCCCAUGGGUCGCUUUGCAAAGGCCGCUCAACGUCCUCCGAUGAUCUACUACCCGGCGGCUGGAAGUGGUGUAGCUGAAGUCAAGGUCAUUCUCAGCGGUUUCAUUAUUCGCGGUUAUCUCGGUCUACGAACUCUACUCUUCAAGACCUUGGGCUUGAUUCUGAGUGUUGCUUCGGGCCUCUCAAUCGGCAAAGAGGGCCCCUUUGUUCAUAUUGCGACCUGUGUCGGCAAUGUGGCUUGCCGAAUGUUCGAAAAGUAUCAUGUCAACGAUGCGAAAAGGCGAGAGAUUCUAAGUGCCAGCGCGGCAAGUGGUGUUGCUGUUGCGUUUGGCUCUCCUAUCGGAGGUGUUUUGUUCAGCUUGGAAGAAGUCAGCUACUACUUCCCUCCGAAGACCUUGUUCCGAACAUUUUUCUGCUGCAUUGCCGCAGCACUAUCUCUAAAGUUCCUCAAUCCUUAUGGAACCAACAAGAUCGUUCUUUUCGAAGUCCGAUACCUCCAAGAUUGGCAGUUCUUCGAGAUGGCCAUUUUCAUUCUCUUGGGUGUCUUGGGUGGCACACUAGGAGCACUUUUCAUCAAGGCAUCUCGCCUGUGGGCCACAACUUUCAGACGCAUCCCAACUAUCAAGAAAUAUCCUGUACUUGAAGUCUUCUUGGUUGCUUUGGUUACUGGACUUGUCAGCUUCUGGAACAGAUACACUAGGAUCCCGGUUUCGGAGCUGUUGUUUGAGUUGGCUAGUCCCUGCAGUUCCUUCAGCUCUUCUGGACAUGGCCUUUGUCCUACUGAGGAGAACAUUCCCAAUGUUAUUGGCUACCUUUGCAUUGCAUUCUUCAUCAAGUCCGCACUCACGAUCGUAACAUUCGGGAUCAAACUACCUGCUGGUAUCUACGUGCCAUCUAUGGUGGUUGGUGGCCUGCUUGGCCGUAUCGUCGGCCAUACAGUACAGUUAAUCACGCUCAAGUACCCUGAACUGGAAAUCUUUGGAAAUUGUCCCGCGAACGGCAACCCUGAAUCGUGUGUGGUGCCGGGUGUGUAUGCGCUCGUAGCAGCUGGUGCGACCAUGACUGGCGUCACCAGACUUUCUGUCACUUUGGCAGUCAUCCUGUUUGAGUUGACCGGCUCGCUGGAGCACGUUCUUCCUUUCUCCAUCGGUGUUCUGGUGUCUAAAUGGACAGCUGACGCGCUCGAGCCACUAAGCAUCUACGAUCUGCUCACAGACAUGAACCAUUACCCAUAUCUCGACGCAAAAUCUCAUCCUCCAUUCCUCGGUGACUUGGGUGACAUAACCCACGCGCCCAACCCAAAGCGUCUGAUCGACAUUUCAUCUUCACCUUUUGUACACUCUCACCAGCUUCGCAGCAAACUAGAGUAUAUGCACAUGGCCGGCGAACUCGAUGGCGGUCUCCCUAUAAUCAAGCACGGCAUCCUCGUGGGUAUAAUCCCAGGCCCAGAUCUCGAAUUCGCUCUCGACCAUCUCGGUGAAGAUGAACACGAUGCCAUGUGCUACCUCGGCCGCCCUGCAUCUCGUUUCCCUUCCUCCUCUGACGCUUCGUCACCCUCGGAUUCUAUGCACAUCCUCGAGUCUUCUGAUGCGGAAAUCGGCCGUGGGUUACGAGAUGGCGAGCUAGACUUUAGCAGCUGUGUAGAUCCCUCCCCCAUGGCCUUGGAUAUAAAGUCCCCCCUGGAGCUGGUGUUUGAGUGUUUUUCGAAAUUGGGACUUAGGUAUUUGUGUGUGGUUGAUGGGGGUAAAUUCGCAGGGUUGGUGCAUAAAAAGGCGUUUGUACGUUAUGUCAAGGAAUUGGAGCAUAAGGAGAGGAAAGGGGAGCAUUGA